AUGGUCUCCUCCGAGUUGGUUGUCGUGGUUUGGAAGAUGCGUACCAUUUUUAUCGUAUUACUUUUCGUCGCAGUCGUCUCUCCAUGGGUCAUCUACAGAAGAAAUCAUAAGAAGAGACUUGUUUGUAAGGAGGAAGGUGAAAUGAAUGGUACACUUGCGGAAGACUCAGCUGAAGAACAGCCAAUGGUUGCUACCAUACGGCUGAAAAGAGACGUUGAAGUCGAUCCGUUGCAUAAACAACCUAUCAUUUACCUUGGUACACGAAGUAACUCUUCCAAGUUCAUAGACGAUGGCGACUUUGAUAUAGUCAGCGAUCACCUGACACCAGAAGAACUCAAGGAAGUCAAGCAACGAAUUAUGGACACGUGUAACGCACUGAAUGCAAAUCCAAAUUGA